CGUUGACAGACCGGCACGCAACAUUAGUAGGCCCCGCGGCCAAUACUGAAAACUAUAAACAAACGAGAUCGAUCAUCUAUACCUGCUGUCACUCCACUACUAAAUAUCAAACGUACUCUACUCGUCUUCAUUGUGAAAUGCAGUCCAGAUUAAAGUAUUAAACUUGAAGUCCUCAGCCCAGCACUGGCCACUGCCUGCCCAGGGACAAGGACAAGGUGUAACGUAUAGUUAGGUUUUUUAAUCAAGUAGGAGAUGGAGAUUAGCCAUGAGAGCACGCCUCUUUUAGUAUCCAAAAGACUUUCAGAUGGAUCAUAUCAACGUCAUGGAAGUGAAGAAAGCGAUGAUAUCAUAUGCAAGCAAGGGAGAGUAAAAGAAAAAUACCUAACAGAUACACAAUCACUGAUGCAUCUUCUGAAAGCAAGUGUUGGAAUUGGCAUCCUAGGACUCCCUAAAGCUCUGAUGAAUGCAGGAAUUUUGGUUGGACCCUUGCUACUGGCUCUCAUUGCUCUUGUUACUGUUCAUUGUAUACAUAUGCUUCUAAGUUGUUCGAAACGUCUUUGUGUCAAGACAGGCAAAUCAGCAUUUAACUACGGAGAGAUUGCAGAUGAGUGCGUGAAGAAAUUCUUUCCUGAAUAUCCUUAUCAUGGAAGUGCUUUCGUGAACACGCUGAUAUGUGCGACACAGUUAGGAGCUUGUACUGCAUAUGUUCUCUUCAUCGCUGAAAAUCUACACGAUGGUAUGGUCGAGUUUGAUGCAGUCGACAUAAAGACAAAGUUAUACAUUCCAAUCAUCUUGCCUUUUCUUAUCAUAUUUUGUUUAAUCAGAGAUUUGGAAUCACUAACUUGGUUGUCUUGGUUAGCGAACAUCAUUAUGGUUAUUGUUCUAAUAUCAAUUUAUCAGUAUUUAUACGGUCACCUGCAGAGUCCUUCGGAAUUAGAGAAAUUUUCAAACUGGGGAGAUUUGCCACUCUUCUUUGGCACUUCGACAUACGCCUUCGAGGCAAUAGCGAUUAUUCUGCCUUUAGAAAAUCAAACAAAGAAUGCAAGUCAUUUUCCUCGCAUAGUAAACAUUGGUUUGGCUAUAGUGAUAGUACUAUAUUUUAAUAUUGCAAUAUUCGGAUACAUGACAUUUCAAGAUGAGUGCAAAGGAAGCGUUACGCUUAAUCUGCCAAAAUCCAAAUAUUAUUCUGCGAUAAAAUUUCUGGUAUCUGUGGCGAUAUUCUGUACAUACUAUAUUCAAAUCUACGUCUUCUUUCAUAUCUUGGAGCCGAUUAUGAUGCGACGAAUUAAAGAAAAGUACCACAAACAUUCCAUCAUCUUUUUCCGUAUUACGACUGUUUGUCUUACGUGUGGUAUGGCAGCAGCAAUCCCGCAUUUAAAUGACAUCGUCUCGCUGGUUGGAGCCGGUGGUGCCUCUUGGCUUGCGUUUGCAUGUCCAACUGUUUGCCACUGGAUAAUAUUUUCGGAUGAAACAAGCACGCUUGCAGCCGCAAAGAACAUUUUUAUUCUAAUAUUUGCUCUAAUCGGGUGCGUAAGUGGAACGUUUGCAUCUUUUCGGAAUAUGAUAAAUGAUAAAUAAGUCCAAUAUAGAAUGUUAUACAGCUGGAGAGUAUAGAACAACCUGACUUGUAGAUAUAUAUAUGUAUGAUAUUUGUACUGAAGAGUUGUUUGAAGAUAAUAUUUCACUUUAUUUA